GCAAACUGCGGGCGUUCAAAGAGCUACUGUAUCUGUGACAGGUAAGAUAUUAAAUAUUCAGAACCUUUUCACAGAAACUUCCCUCAAAAGAUCUGGACUGUUUAGGAUAUCUGAACCAUUGACAUAUUUUAUAUCAAUCGUCUGAACAGCAGCUGCAGAAACCGGAGAUUGGGUCUUGGUGUGACAUCACCUUUUAUCAAGCUGAAAAUGAACGACUGUAAAACGUAUUUUAAGUUACAAUAAAAGCUUGAUAAUCAUUAAAAGUAAAGAUGUUGAAAGUCCAGAGUGGAUUAGUUUUAAAGCCUUCAUCCAGUUUUAUCACAGGAAGGAUGCUGUGAGAGAACAUGAUCAUUUUUUUAUGAUUUGUGACUUUAUUCCAGCUCCUGUUUGUGCUGUUUUGUUUAAAGURGGAGUUUGUGCCCGCUGGGGCAAACAGGUGUCAGUCCUUCAGACAGGUAUGGGUUACACCUGGGUCAGUUGCCAGGGAACCAAGUUUCUGCUCUUCAUGUUACACAGAUCUCCUGCUCUCUUCCUCUCAGCGUCCUCAUUGAGAACCACAGCUCCAUUGGAAACUUUUGAAUCCUCUUUUAAGGACUAACUGGACACACGUACAUAUUUAAAAUUUUGGACCUUUUUGUUGAUCAUUUUGACUGAAGUUUGACGGUGUUAGUGUUCAGGAUGCGACGUUUGGUGCCGAGGGUCCUCUGCUGGUUUUUGCUGCUUCUAGCAGGGGCUCUAUUUGUGCUCUCCCAGCCAUCACAACCAGAUUGUUCUCAGGCUGAGUCAUGUGACCUGUGUGUUGGCGACUCCAUGCUGAACCUGACAGGCUGCGUCUGGAGGCUUUGUCCAAAUGAUAAUGGUACCGGGGCGUGUGUGACCGAUGAGGGCGAUUCAGCAGACAACAGCAUGAACUGCAGCUGGACCAGAGUGUCAGAACUGUGCACAGUUGUAGAGUCUGUAGCUGUUGACGGAACUGAAGGUGACUCAGGUGGUGACAAGUCCUCCGAGUUCUCUCAGGCUAAGUUUGACAUGUCCAGCUUCAUAGGAGGCAUCAUCCUGGUGCUGUUUCUGCAGGCAGGCGGCUUCUUCGCCAUGCGYUUCCUCAAAUCCAAAGAGCAAAGCAGCUAUGACCCCAUAGAGCAGCCUCAGUGAGGACGAGACGUUGAAGGAUGAACAGACCGGAGGGAAGACAGCAGUGAGCAGAAUCGUGACUAACCCAGUAAUGACGACAAGAAGACUUUUUUUUUUUUAAAGCCCUUGUCCUUUUUGGUUUGAAACCCCUGAGCUCCUAAGGGAGCAUUUAUCCAAAACUUAAMAAUAAAUAUAAAAAAUGCAUGUGUUUACAUUAAUGUUUUCAKUUCCACCUUCAUGCAUUAAGCUGACAUCCUCAUCGGUUUGUGUGCUGUAAUAUUUCAGAGCUGCAUAAUAAUCUAAUAUUUGCAUGCCGUACAGUUUGUGAACGCAGUGCAUGUUUGUUUAUUUGAAAAUAUUACUGGAAACACCUCGUAUAUCCACUUCCUGCUGACAACAGGAAGUAAAACUGCAUGUGUUUUAUGUAAUGGGGAGCUACAAUUCAGCUUGCAUAUUUAAUUUGACUUAUUGUUUUUUUUAAAAAAGAUUACAUGGCAUCUUAUGUCGCAGCUGCAAGCGCAAACCAUAAUGCUACCACCACCGUGUUUUAGAGAUUAAAAAAUACAUUUUUGAUGCUCCAGUUCUCGUCUUUAAUCAAAACUCUUUGUUCUACGAGGAAGAAAACUCAGAUUUUAGUUCUGUUUGCUGGCAAAACAUUUUAUCUGACAACAUUCUGGUCGGCAAAAAACAAAUUGAAUGUUUUAUUUGUUUUAAUGUCGUUUCCACUUUUUAAAAAGUUCCGUCUUUUGGUUUUUAUUAACAAUAAGUGUGACAUGUGACAUAUUUGUGUAAUUGAUUUGAGUUGGUUUGAAUCAAAUUUAUGCAGAAUUAAAAGGUUUUGUUUGUACUUUUUAAUGUCAUAUAUUCAGUUUUAAUUAUUGGCUUUUAGGUUAUAUGAAAAUGAACAUUUCUGUGUAUUUAUGUUAAUUCUGUCUGUGUUAAUGAUUUAUUUUUGGACUCUUAGGAUUGCUUGAAUAAACUCUGUGUGAAGAGCUCU